UCGACAAUUCUGCUCUUGCACGACCUCCUAGUCCGGCGCCACCAAUCACGGAUAGUCUCACUCGAACCAAGACUUGAACAUCUGUCAUCCGACAGUGUCAAGAUACUUUUCCGCCCCGCCCUCCUAUCGUGUCAACUACCCCGCCGAUCUCCCAAUCCCCCUAUGGCAAACUUGCGAUGAACGCUCAUACCAUGACUCCGAGCGGGCCAUCGACCUCUGUCCAACACGAUUGCAUCGACCCAGAACCCUCGGAAACUGUCUCGACUCGUAUCAACGCUCUCUUGCGCACCUCAGGCCCCGGACACACGAUCCGGCUGUGUCCGCGAAAACGAUAUCUGCUCGACCAACCGCUGGUGUUCGGCGCUGAGAACCAAGAAAUAUGCACUUUGGGAUACCCCACGGGCGACGACCGAGCGACGCUCGUCGUGAGCGGACCUUCGGGUGAACACAGCGUCGCGGUGGAUGGGACGCGUCCUGGGUGCGCCGGGUCUGUGUUACGCAACGUCCAGAUUGAUGGUAAUCGCGGGAGUUCCGUUCCCGCUCGGGAGGGCUCGGGGGCGAAUAUCGUAAUGGGCGGCGUGAACGACCAUCAGGUCGUGGAAUACGUGCGGUCGUAUAACCCGCGCGGCUGGUCCUGCUUGCACGUCACGGAGGGUCCGCUUAGUUGUAGGAAUGCGACGAUACAGAAUAACGACAUCGGUCCGUGUGGUGUGGACAUCGAGGACGAAUGGGCGGACGGGAUCAGCAUCAGCUGCCAGGACAGUGUCGUGCGCAAUAAUCGAGUGCACGAUCCGUCCGACGGCGGCAUUGUCGUGUUCUCGCCCGCCACGGAGGUUUACAACAACACGAUUUGGGUGACGAACCAAACAUUAUUGGGCGGAAUCAAUCUGGUCGAUUAUCUUCCCUGGGGAGGGGACCUCUCACGGACGGUCGUUCGCGAUAACACGAUCGUUGGGGGGUUCCGAAUGGAUGGUUCGUCAGAACUGGGCAUCAUCAAAAUUGGCAUAGCGAUUGGCCCAAGGAUAUGGUUCGGUGCACAAGCUUACCAGAAUGUCACGACAUCCGGGACCGUUCUUCGCAAUCGGUUUUCAGGCGCUUUCAUGUACGGAAUUGCCAUGAGCUCAGCGAACAACUUUAUCGUCCAGGAAAACACCUUUUUCGACAAUUACACGUUCAUUGGAGGGCCAGGACCGGAGUGCGAGUACAAUGGAGAUAUUGUCCCUGCUCCCGCUCCGUUCAUAUACGAUACUUCCGCAUCCGAAAACACACUCCAGCCUGGGUUUGAAGCUGUUGCCACGGGUGAAUUGUUGACAUGCAUGCUCGCCCCUGCCGAGUCGGUUUACUGGCCUGUGGGAACCUGCCCAGACUCGUCCGCAGUCGCCCGUGCGUUUCGGAAUCCUCCGACAUCAUCGAGCUGGACUCUUCGCGGGCUACUUCUGCUCUUUUGUUUCAGCUGCGUGGCUUUGUAUGCCUUCAAGGGAAGGACGCGGGGGAUAAGACUCCCCAAGCGCAAUAGAUCCUAUCCAGGACUGGAAUCACCUGUGGCUGAAGUCUUGGCACGACGCGUGUAUGCUCGAGACCUUCACUUGGAGAAAAGGAGAGCCUUCUGACAUUGCCCAGGCCGGUCAGAUUGUACACAGAUGAUCAUUUUCACUAGACUUAGAACUUAGACGUAACAGCUGUAUUACUAUGCCCAAAAUCAACGUUGGCGGCGAUGCAUUAAACCCGACUUCGUAAAGAAGCAUGGGCAUGUGCUAGCACCUUAUUGCCCGCGUCACCCACUUUGCUCUUGACCCUACAUACCAAAAAUGCAAGCAUCCUUGGGAUCCCUAUCUGUGCGGGGCUGCUGCCACUUGGAGGCGCUGCCUGAAUGGCAGAUGGAGCGUCAAUCGGCAUGUGUGAUCGGGGUGUAAAAUUAGCCAAGAUUGACCUUCACUUCCUGUCUCUGUUCUCCACCUUCAUCCUGCCCGCGUCCCUAGGACUCGCCAGGGCCCUUUCCCCGCCCUUUCGUCUUCUGCCCUGCGACACCGCCCUUCCGUUCUCUACGCUCCUUUUGCCCAAACCCUGAUAGGCACCAUGUCCCACCGUUUUACGCGACACGGUCAACACGAUUCUGAGCUAGUCGAGUUCAGAAGCGACUCUGUGGAACGGCGAGACGCCUGCGUUAGUCCGGACCCGGCCAACACCGUUGCAGAUCGUAUCAACACGCUCCUGAACUCCUCAGGGCCAGGCUACACGCUCAGCUUGUGUCCCGGCAGGGAGUAUGUUCUCCAAGACACCCUCCGCUUUGCUGCGCCAGGCCAGGAGAUCAGCACCACAGGGUAUCCCACCGAUAACUCGCGCGCGUUGUUAACUGUGAACGGAGUGGUGCAGAACGGCUCUGGAAUGACUACUGCCGUCGAUGGAACAUGUGCUCAGUGCUCGGGGAUUGUGCUGCGAAACAUUCAGAUCAACGGAGCCAGGGGGAACGCGUCUCCGACGAACGGCGGGGCGAAUAUCGAAUUUGGCGGUGGAAAUGCUAACCAGACUGUCCAAUUCGUCAGGUCCUUUGACCCGCGCAGUUGGUCGUGUCUGCACAUCGCAGAGGGUCCCUUCACCUGCACGAAUGUCACCAUUCAAAACAAUGACAUCGGGCCCUGUGGGACGGACACCUUCCAGGAGUGGGCAGACGGAAUCAGUGUCAGUUGUCAGAACAGUGUCGUGCGGAACAACAUGGUGCAGGGCCCGACGGACGGCGGGAUCGUCCUCUUCGGUGCACCUGGAACACAGGUAUAUAACAACACGGUCUGGGUCACAAACCACACGUUAUUGGGCGGGAUCAAUCUCGUAGAUUACGACCCGUGGCAGGGGAACUACACCGGCACCGUGGUUUAUAACAACACUAUUCUCGGCGGUUAUGCGACCAGUCCAGAUGACAAUUCGAACACCAAAGGCGUCAAUGCUGCUGACGCUGUUGUCAAGAUCGGCAUCGCGAUUGGCCCACGGACUUGGUUCGGUCCCAGAUAUUUUAACAAUGUCAGCAUCAACGGGGUGGUCCGAGACAACCGGCUGUCUGGCGCAUUCAGCUACGGAAUUGCCGUGAGCUCGGCAGUCGGCUUCACGGUGGAGAACAACGUGCUAUUCGGCAAUACCUCGUUCAUUGGCGCUUCCGGUCCCAAUUGCUCGACUUUGGAUAUUGUGCCCACGCCAGCUCCAUUUGUCUUCGAUAACUCGACCUCGAAUGACAAGCUACAGAACGACUUCCAAUUUAUCGCGGAUGCGGGCUCAUUGACAUGCGUCCUCCCCCCAUCUGGCGGAGAUUUCUGGCCUUACGGAGGCGAUCCUGGUUCGUCGUCUUCUGGAUCGUCAUCCAGUGCCGGUCAAAGUGGAUCGCAGUCCACGUCGCAUUCCAAGGGAUCUACUGCUGGCGUCGUUGUUGGAGUCAUCUUCGGUCUCGGAGCCGCUGCUGCUGUACUUUGGUUUAUGCGCAAGUGGGCACUCCGACGGAUGGAGCAAAAACGCCUGUUCAACUCCAGCAAGGAGAUGGUUCCGGGUCAGGGUCCUGGUUCCCCGACGUUCAUACCCGAGUCAAAACUCGCUCACUAACUCCGCACUAACAUUACUAUAUUUAUGUAUCCGCUUCCGCUUGGACCCAUGUAGAACAUUGCAUUUAUCGUACAUCCUUAGAGACAUCACAUCCUACAUCUGUUCUGCAUUCACCUAUACAUUCACUGUCCUUCAGACGCUCGGACUCGGAGCUUGACGUCGAGCAAGAUAUCAAUUAUACAGUGAUCACCUGACUGAGAUCCUUUUGUCCCGACCAUUAGGACAUUCUGCUGCCCAUAACUGCGGACUUCAACCGCAACUCACAUACAAAGAACACCAGCACGUCGGCUCGUCUCAUCAUGGCCGCGAACAAAAAAUAUCUGGGAGUUACGCCCCCCAUCGCCACAACCGAGUCGAGCGAGCGUGAGAAGGAAGUGACGCAGACGCUCAUGGAGGAACUCCGGAUGCAAAACACAUUCGAGACGGAGGAGGAAUCGCGCAAGAGGGAAUUGGUUUUGGGCCGUGUGGCCGCGCUCGUGAAAAAGUUCGUCAAGAAGGUCUCUAUGGCUCGAGGGCUGUCGGAAACUGCAGCGAUUGCGGCGGGCGGCAAGAUCUUCACGUUUGGAUCCUACCGGCUCGGUGUGCAUGGACCCGGGUCGGAUAUCGACACGCUCUGCGUCGUUCCGAAGCACGUCUCGCGAGACGACUUUUUCGACGUCUUCGAGCCAAUGCUCAAGGCCAUGGAUGGCGUUACGGAGGUUUCGGGUGUCCCUGAAGCUUACGUGCCCGUUAUCAAGGCCAAAGUUUCGGGUAUUCCGCUGGACUUUCUAAUGGCCAGGCUAGCCUUGUCCUCAAUACCCGAUGACCUUUCACUACGAGACGACACGCUGCUACGAAAUCUGGAUGAACGAUGUGUACGGAGUCUGGGAGGCUCUCGGGUGACCGACGAAAUCUUGAGGCUGGUUCCCAACGUCGAUGUGUUCCGAGACUCGCUGAGGUGUAUUAAAUUAUGGGCUCAGAGGAGAGCCAUCUAUUCUAAUGUGAAUGGCUUCCUGGGUGGUGUCGCAUGGGCUAUGCUCGUCGCCAGAAUAUGCCAGUUAUAUCCUAAUGCUGUCGCUGGAGCGAUAGUCAGCAGGUUUUUUAUAAUAAUGUACCGAUGGUCAUGGCCUCAACCUGUACUACUCAAACAAAUCGAAGAAGGACCAUUACAGGUCCGAGUAUGGAAUCCCAAGCUGUAUCCCGCGGAUCGAUCACACAGAAUGCCGAUAAUAACGCCAGCAUAUCCUGCAAUGUGUUCUACUCAUAAUGUGACAGCGUCGACUCAAUUGAUCAUGACGGAGGAGUUUAAGAAAGCUGCCGACGUGGUGGACCGAGUGAUCGUGGGCAAAGCGGACUGGUCUAAGCUCUUCGCCAAGCACGACUUUUUCCACAAGUACCGAUAUUACCUGCAAGUGAUCGCGUCGACGGGGAACUCAGAUUUGCAAAUCAAGUGGGCUGGGACUGUUGAAUCUCGAAUACGACAAUUGGUGAUGAAGCUUGAGUAUGUCGACUCGCUCAUUCUGGCGCACCCCUUCACGAGAGGCUUUGAGCAAACUCUGUACUGUUUCACGGAUGAGGAAGUGCGGCAGGUCGCGCUAGGCGAGAUCUCGGACACUGUUUUAAAGCGCAAGAAGGAAGAGAUGGAUGGAAGAGACACCGGUAGUGUGGUCUAUUCCACGACCUUCUAUAUCGGGCUUGCUAUAGAACCGAAGCAAGCGGGUACUUCCGGACCGAGACGCUUAGACAUUUCCUAUCCUACACAAGAGUUUAACAAACUCGUCAGGAUCUGGGAGAAGUUUGAUGAAACGUCGAUGAGCGUUGUAGUGCAACAUAUCAAGAGCUCGGCAUUGCCAGACUAUGUUUACGAGCCAGGAGAGAGACCACCCAAACUCGUCCAGAAGCGAUCCAAGGGACCCAGUAAAUCCGACGCGACUUCCCCGGAGAUGCCGGAUCCCAAACGCCGCCGAUCAUCACAUUCACAUCCAGUUGCGCCGAGAACAGAAACGGACUUGCUGCGGUCGGCCAUCGACACUGCCGGCGCAUUUGCACCUAAAGAUGUGCGAGAUGUGAUCCGGUCGCCUCAACUGCCUUUCAACGAAGUCGCUCCUGCAAAGGGGGCUCUGUCGGCUCAAUGAACCUCUGCAGCAAACGUGUUAUCUCCUCAAGCUCUUUCUGCCCUGGAGCGCUAUGCUUGCCUUGCUGCUCAUCAUUUCAGGACUUUGAGCGAUAAAGUUGGUCAGCGUCCCAUUUCUUUGUUAUCUGGUCCUCCCUAUUAGUACUUUGAGGUAUCACAGCCACGAUUGUAUUAGUCCAUACUUAAAUUGUAUUUUACAGUUACUUAGGAAUAGCAAGGAUUUUGAUCCCGC